AUGAAGAUUGUGGAAGCCAUUUCAGUCUUUCUGCUGGCUCUGGUCACCUCAAGUUACGGGAUACAGAGAGCGCCUCGAAUCAUCACCUUAUUAGAGACAGUGGAUGUACUGCUAGAUCACAAUGCCACCUUCAUCUGUGAGGUGGAGUCCCGUCCCCCCGCUGAAAUCACUUGGACCAAGAAUAACCAUCCAAUCAUGUAUUAUGACCCCCGGUACAUAACCAAGGAACAGGGACAGAUGCUAAUCAUCCCUCAUGUAAGAGAGUCAGACAACGGCGAGUACUGCUGCAUCGCCAGUAACGGCAUCGGAGAGCCGGCCAAGAGCUGUGGAGCACUGCAGCUAAAGAUGAAGCCACAGAUCAAACGCCAUCCUACCAAUGUAACCCUUCUGGUAGAAUCCAAAGCAGUGUUGCCCUGUGUUACCCUCGGCAACCCCAAACCAGAUGUCACCUGGCUCAAAGAUGAUGAGCUUAUCAAAAUCACUGACCGUGUUACCAUUCUCGACUAUGGUGCACUGAAGAUCCAUAACAUACAGAAAGAGGAUGCAGGCCAGUAUCGCUGUGUGGCCAGGAAUAGCUUUGGUUUGGCCUUUUCAAAGCCUGUCACUAUAGAGGUACAAGCACCAGCACGAAUCCUGCGGGUUCCUAAGGAGAAGAGGGUAGCCUAUGGCAGCCAGAUUUCCCUGGAGUGUAACGCCACGGGAAAUCCAAUCCCUACCAUCACCUGGCUGGAAAAUGGCAAUACUAUCUCAGGUGCAUCGGUCGAAGACACUUUGGUGGGAGAGGUGAUCCUGUCUGUUCUUAAAGUGACAGUGAACAAGCCAGCUCUGUAUACAUGUCUGGCUUCCAACAGACACAGUGCCGGAGCCAACACUGUCAAGGCAACUGCUAGAGUCACUGUCGCAGAGUGGAGGCUUUACAAGGGCGUCGCAGGCUACUGCAGUGCAUAUCGUGGAGAGGUGUGCCGCUCCAUCCUGCAAGACGAUUUGCUGGUUUUCUUUAACUCCUCCCUAUCGGACCCAGAGGACAUGCAGGAGUACCUGGUUCAGAGUUGGUGGACGGAGCUGGAAGGACUCAGUAUGCUGUGUAGCCCCGCAGUCCGCUCAUUGCUGUGCCACUCCUCCUUCCCUGCCUGCAACCCAUCAGGGUUAGGACCGGCACCCAAACCUGUCUGCAGGGAACACUGCCUGGCAGUGAAGGAGCUGUACUGCCAUAAGGAGUGGUUGGUACUACAGGGCAGCAGUUUAGUCCAGCCUGGCCUCUUCAGCUCUGUCACUGGGUCCCACACUCCCACUUCUCUGCUGCCCAACUGUCAGGCCUUACCAAGUCUUCGCACAGACCCUGAUGCUUGCACACAUGUCCCUUUUGUAGACAUAAAGCGAGAUCAAAUUACAACAACAUGUUACAAUGACAGAGGCCGUUUCUACCAAGGCAGCAUAAAUGUGACGAGGUCUGGGAUACUGUGUCAGUCAUGGAGUCAGCAGGUUCCCCACCAGCACCGCCUCUCUGUGGAUGUGAUUCCAGAGUUGAAGAAUUCAGAUAACUACUGUAGGAACCCAGGAGGAAUCAGCGACAAGCCCUGGUGUUACACCUCAAAUCACAACAUACGCUGGGAGUACUGCGCUGUGCCGCAGUGUGGGGAGACUAGCAUGGUAUCAGGGAUGAAGCCAGAGUCACCAGGCCCUCGUCAGACUCCUCGUCUCCCUCCCACGACCACAGUAUCAUCUCCAGCUUACUCCAUGUCCGUCAUCGUCAUCAUCCUGACAGCUCUCGCAGCCACAGUCUUCUUCACCAUCAUCAUCCUCGCCUGCCGCAGACGGAGGAAGCAGUGGAGAAACCGGAAGAGAGCAAUGGAGACCCCGACGCUGAGUGCUCUUCCGUCGGAGCUCCUGCUGGAUCGACUCCACCCCAACCCCAUGUACCAGCGGGUUCCCCUGCUGCUGAACUCAAAGCUGCUGGCCCUCGAGUAUCCCCGAAAUAAUAUCCAAUAUGUUAGAGAUAUUGGAGAGGGAGCUUUUGGACGGGUUUUCCAAGCCAGAGCGCCAGGCCUGCUGCCGAUGGAGUCGUUCACGAUGGUGGCUGUGAAGAUGCUGAAGGAGGAAGCCUCAGCUGACAUGCAGAAUGACUUCCAGAGAGAGGCAGCACUAAUGGCUCAGUUUGACCAUCCAAACAUCGUACGACUCCUAGGUGUGUGUGCAGUGGGUAAACCCAUGUGUCUGAUGUUCGAGUACAUGGCCCAUGGUGACCUCAAUGAGUUCCUGCGUCGCCGUUCUCCAACCCAAUCGGUGCGCACCCUCAGCCGCGCCAGCCUGUCGGGUCGCAGUUUUUCCUCUGAGCUGGAGGCGGGACUUCUCUCCUGUGCUGAGCAGUUGUCGAUUUCCAAGCAGAUCGCUGCAGGAAUGGCCUACCUCUCAGAGCGCAAGUUCGUCCAUCGUGACCUUGCAACGCGGAACUGCCUGGUCGGGGAGGAAAUGGUUGUGAAGAUUGCCGAUUUCGGCCUCUCCAGAAACAUCUACUCAGCUGAUUACUACAAAGCCAAUGAGAAUGAUGCAAUACCCAUUCGCUGGAUGCCCCCUGAAUCUAUUUUCUAUAACCGUUACACCACUGAAUCAGACGUGUGGGCCUAUGGCGUGGUGUUGUGGGAGAUUUUCUCCAAUGGGAUGCAGCCAUACUACGGUAUGGGUCAUGAGGAGGUUAUUUACUAUGUGAGGGAUGGCCACAUCCUCUCCUGUCCCGAGAACUGUCCUCUGGAGCUGUAUAAUCUGAUGAGGCUUUGUUGGAGCACACACCCAUCAGAUAGGCCCAGCUUCAGUAGUAUACAUCGGAUACUGGAGCGUAUGCAUCAGAACACACUAAGCAUCAAUGCUGACACUGAGGCUGACUGCUAACUGAGGAAACCUCUGAAUUAAAAAAAACAUCAGACUUAUUUAGUGAUUUGGUGCCUGAAAACACACUUUAAAUGAGCCCAAGAAUACAUACAAAAAACAUUUUUAUCAUAAGCAACUGUAAUGUUUUAGUUUUGCUAUUUUGUUCAGUUCAGGAAUUGUUUUGAAGGAAAAAUAGAGUUUUCAGACCUGAUGAAUUUACCAGCACGUAUCCAUCAGAACAGUCAGCUUUAUUUAUUAAAAAUGUUAAAUGCACUCUUACCUUGACCUGAUCCCCCUACCUGAAGCCCCUAACCCUGCAGAUACCCUCUAACCAUUUUAGAUACAGAUGCACAAGCUGUUACAAAUGGUCUGACUACUAAACAUUAGGGAUAGAAAGAGAAUGGGACAUGACAGUUAAAACUUAAUUCUGACUACAUUAAUAAACCUGUCUUGUUAUUGUCACCUCUAGCAAAUUCCACAGCGGCACACAAUCACUUUAAACCACUGCUGUUGAUUGUUUUUAUAGAAGUUGCUAUUCCAUUUUUGGGCAUUCUCGUUUAACUUUUUCUCUUUUUCAUCAUGUUGAUUUUUGUGUUUUUUUGUGUGUGCUAAUUUUACUUUUUGACAGUGUUUGACACACAGUUUGAUAUGAGUAAAAUACAGCAGCACUGGUAAAAAUUGGUUGUCCAACUUGCGUCAUCGCCCAUAAGUCUCUCACUUUAUUAUUUAUUACAACUCUCUCAAAUAAUCAUUUUGCAGAAACUCAUUAACCAAAUUCAUUCCUGUGCCUUAAAAUAGACUAUUUAGCAAGUGAAGAAUGGACAAAAUGUACCCGAUGUUCAAAAAUAUCCUCAUUCUGAAAGAGUCGAUGUUUAACUGGUUCUGACAAAGAUAGAAACUCUCUCUUACAGAUCAAACUUUGCUCUGGUCUCAUUUCAACUGUGUUAAAUUGAAUUAGGGUCAUAUUAUUACACAAUUUCAGUGCAGUAUUACCACCAUCUCUUCUUUGUCAUGUGGAUUACUCAAAGCAGUUUUUGUUUUGUUUGAUCUAAUUAAGAGGUUAAUAUUAAAUGAGACUCGCCUUUCAGAUGAAUGAUAUGUUUUAUUUCUUCCUAAAUAUGGUGUGACAUUAUGUUUUUGUUAUUUGUUAAGUAACAUAAUGAUGCAGAUUUUGCCUCACUUACUGCCCUUUAAAGGUCUAGUGCGUAAUAUUUAGGAGGAUCUAUUGGCAGAAAUGGAAUAUAAUAUCCAUAGGUAUAUUUUCAUUAUUGUAUAAACACCUGAAAAUAAGAAUUGUUGUAUUUUUGUUAAUAAGCAGUUUUAAUCUACAGAGGGAACGGGUCCUCUUUUAUGCUUAAUCAUGAUUUAUUAUUGAUUUUAUUGUAACCAAACUCUGGCUUCAGUUUUGCAAACACCAAAGUUUCUCUUACCCGUUUGUAACGGGAGGGUCAAGCUAGGGUAUAGGCAACAACUACACCACUAUAUGCCACAGAAUCCUACACUCUGGACCUUUCAGUAUGAUAUUUCUUUGUAUCACUUGCAAUUAAACAUAAUAAUUAAAAUUUGUAUUUGAGAUCUGGACAAUAACACAUCGUAUUUUGUUGCACAAUAUUGUACAUUCAUCCCCUAUGCUGGCAAUAGAUGUUUUAAAUUGCGGAAGUAUCAACGAAACAUGUGUUGAAUCAUCUUACCUGACCAAAACCCUUCUGUACUAGUGAAAGCAAACAUCUGGAUGUAAAUAAUGUGAUUUAGUCACUGACAAUAAAGAGCAUAUUUAGGAGCAGGAAUUGCCAGCCAGCUACAUCUGGCCUUUUGGCUUGUGUUAUACCACUGAGUGAGAAUGAGGAAAUGCUCCUUUGUUAAUUCUGUCAUGUUCUGCCAAUUAUCAUUUAUUCUGGAGCUGCAGAAAGCGCUUGGAGUGUCCAAUAGGGAAAGUUUUCAUGCCUGAAUAUGCUCAGUAAACAUAUUAAGAAGCUUUCUAUUCGAUAUCUAUAUAUUUAUUAUGUACAGGGAGAAAAUAUGCCCUUACAGCCAACUACAACAUGUUCACAAUCAUUAAAAAUCAUCAUCUGGGGACACAAUAAUCAUACUGAAUUUAAAUAAUUUGAGAUUUUAUCAUUUCACUGGUGCAAAGUGUUGGAAUGAUGCAUGGAGAGGCCGGUGUUUCAGCACAAGUGAUUUGUUGCACCUCAUAGAAAAUAAAUGGGAGGCAUCGCUCCACCUAAGCUACUGUUUUCCGGUGUGGCUUUAUGGUAAGAGUGUGGAACAGCAGUAAAAAAAAAACCACAUCCACAGACAUACCCACAGCAAAUGACACGUGCCCCAAAACUUCCUCCACGUAUUAUUUGAAGGCCAGUUUUUAAACAAACAGUGGGGCUGAGGCAUGAGCAGAGACAGGCAUGAAGAACCACUGCAGGUGAUGGAGAUUUAAAUAUGGAAAAUGUUGGUCAUUAAGUAAGAAGAAUUUCUGACCCUGAACUGUUCUCUGCUUUAAAUGCCUCUCUCUUUCUGUUUAUUUAAUCACAAGCCUCCCCUAAUACAUAUUCCAUAACAGCCCCCUAUACCCCACCCACACAAAAAAAAGUGCACCAAGUACUUUACCAUUUGGAUGCUGCAGUGUUAUGACCCACCACAAGAGGGAUCAGCGGGGUGAACUGAAGCAGAAGGACAGUUUUGCCAUUCAGUGCUAUGUGCGUGAUUUUUACAGUGAAUAUCUGUUUGCAUUACAGAGAAAAUACGUUCUGUAAUGCAUGUGUUCCACUUAUUUGUGUGUGUUUGUCUAAAUUUGUGAAUAUGUGUCUGUGUUUGCUUCUCAGUGUGUGUGUGUGUGUGUGUUUUGGGGAUGACCAGUGUAAACUGUUUAAAGUAGGCAGCAUGGAGUUUGGCUUGGACUGAUCAUCCCUCUUCUCCUUGAUCUAAACUGUGGAUCAGACUGCCUCACUCCUACGUCCUCUUGUGUUCUUUUUCUCCACUUUUGACCUCCUACUGAUUUCUCUGUCUGCACCAUAGUGACUCCUGUUUAAUUUCUUCCUUUCAUUUUCUUUCUUUUCCUCAUUGUCUUCUGUAUUUUUGUUUGCUAUGUGCUGUGUCCUGGUACUUACUCCAUCACAUGCAUGUUAUAAAACACAAAAAUAUUAUUGCAUUCUACUCAGUUCUCUGAACUAAUGAAGUGAUUGAUGUGUGCAAGCAAUAAAUAGACCAUGUUGCUCA